GGCGGAGCCUACCACUACGCGUGCUUCCUAGUGCCAGACAAGUAUAGACGUCAGAUAGCCUACCCCCUUGGCUGGCUUAACUGGCUCGGCUGGAUCUUUACACACGCCGGCUGCUGUGCAAUCGUUGCCAAUCUCACUCUAGGGCUUGUGAAUCUCUGCCGUCCUGACUUUGACGUGUCGACGCGAUGGCAGCUGUUACUCGUCUACUUGGCCAUUGUCGCCACGUGUUGGUUGAUCAAUCUGUGGGGUCUUAAGGGCAUCCCGACCUUGGAGAUACUCGGCUGCUACGUCACGGCAUUUGGAUUCAUUGCUUACACAAUUGCACUUCUGGUCAAGGCGCCAAAAGCCAGCCCCAGCUUUGUCUUUGUCGAAACGCAUAAUUCGACCGGAUACUCUUCUACUUCGCUUGCCAUUUUACUUGGCUUAUUCAGCAGCUUCUCAACCCUGAUGGGUCUUGACGGCCCUGCCCACUUGGCAGAGGAGAUUCCGCAGCCCAAGAGGCACCUCCCACGGGUCAUGCUCAUUGUCAUCAUAUCACAGGCUGUCAUCGGCGUAGUGUGGAUUCUAGUUCUCGGCUUUUCCAUCACCGACAUGGACCUGGUUGUGCAGACCAAGACAGGAAUACCCGUUUUGGAGCUAAUCAGGUUAGCGACGGGGAGCGAUGGUGCUGCAAUGGUAUUUUGCAUUACUCUACUUAUCAACAACGGCACCUCAGCUCUCGGGAGCGCUGUGACUAUGAGCCGACAAGGUUACGCCUUUGCCAGAGAUGGAGGCUUGAUCUGGAACACAAAACUUGCCGAGUUAAGUCCAGGAUCACACCUCCCCUUAUGGUCCAUCAAUUUGCCAUCGCUCAUUGUCGCUCUAGUUGGAGUCAUAUAUUUGUUUUCAAAUGCCGCCUUCAAUGCACUUGUCGGAGCCCAGGCUACUUGUAUGAUCAUCAGCUUUGGCUUCCCCGCCCUCAUCCUUCUGGUGACCGAUGGGAAAUUGUUACCAGCAAAUAGCCACUGGAACUACGGCGUCUUCACCAAGCCUAUCUAUGUGAUCUCGGUUGGUUACAGCAUCCUGGUGGUUAUUGUCUCAGCUUUACCGCAAUCCCAUCCUGUGACGAGCUUGAACAUGAACUACACGGUUUUGGUCAUGGGGGGCUUUUCCAUCGUCAUGGGUUUGGCAUGGGUAACAGAGGGCCGUAAACUCUUCAAACCGCCGUUCAGCGAAGAGAGCUUGGUGGAAACCAAUGACGUUAUCACUGGGUUGACUGUGGAUCUCGAAGCUGAUGAAGAAGCAUCGAAGGGAAAGAAUGCCGCGGUAUCUAGUGGAUACGACAAGAAUCAGUCGCUCAGCGUGACUGAAGACUGA